CGAAAUCGUUUGCAGUACAGUGUGCUGGUGUGUUCUCUUCACACAAACCAGUGGAAGACAUGAAGUCCUUCAUAGUUCUGCUCUGCCUGGUGGCAAUCGUAAGCGGUGAUGUUGCCCAUGUGCGAAGCUGGUUUAACCAUCUCUUCCACAAAGAUCAGACCCCACAAGAUCAAUCAACACAGGCGCCGCAAACGAUUCCCGAACAAAAGCAAACGCCAGUCGCGGGUGGUAGCUUGCGGAUGAUGCGCGAUGAUGGUUUUACGAAAGACCAACAACAAGGACAAAAAUUGCCACAGCAAGAUCAUCAGCAGCGACUAACGCCCGAAGAAAAGCAAGCCCUAAACGAGGAACGGCUUGAGGAGGAAAAAAAUCGAGUCCGAAAGUUCAGAGACUAUCUGAAGGGUGAAAUAGCCGAAGAACAGGAGAAGCAAAUAGGCCGACAGCAGCAGCAAAAGAAUCUGAAAGACUUGCGAAGCCGAGAAUUGAAAGAUCAUGACACUCUUCAGCGAGUGCAGAACGAGCAAAAACAGCAACACGAAGAGCAGCUAGUACAGCAGCUCAAACAUAUCGCGAAAGAGAUGCAGAUUCAAAUGGAGGCGAGAGAGUAUGAGCGGUUUGUCAAACAUGUGCAGAAGGAAGAGGCCAAACAAGCCCAGCAAAUACCACUACUACCGGACGUGCCGAUUCCUGUUGACGGCGGCGACGAUGGUGAUAUUCAAUCGGAUGUGAAGAAUCCUGAUGGCGAUUAUGGUGGUGUGCAGUAUCCUGAUGGCGAUUAUGGUGAUGAUCAAGGGGAUUUGAAGUAUCCUGAUGGCGAUUACGGCGGCAGCGAUGGUGAUGAUCCAUGGGGUAUCAAGUAUCCUGACUACUAUGGCGACGUAGAUGAUGAUGGUGAUGAUGUUCCACAGGAUGUGCCAAAAGCUGAUGUCGACGGAGAUGAUGGUGAUGGUCAAUGGGAUGAUCAGCAAAUACCGGAAGUAGAUCAGGAUGAACAACUCCCGCAGUGGUAUAACAUCUGGCUGAAGCAAUGGCAGGAGCAGUGGAAGGUGCAGGACCAGCAGCAGCAAAAGUGGCUGGAACAGCAGCAGCAACUGCAACAGCAGCAACACGAGCAGAAACACAACCAGAAGCAGCAAGAUCAGCAACAUCACCAGCAACAGAAAGAUCUUAGGCAGCAGGGUCAGCACGAUCCGGACGAGCCGGACCAUCCAGAUCAGCAACAUCACUCGAAACAGGAAAACCUUAGGCAGCAGGAUCAGCACGAUCCGGACGAACCGGACCAUCCAGAUCACCAACACCUUAGGCAGAAGGAUCAGCAGCAACACCCGGAUCAGCAGGAUCAACAACAACAACAACAACAACAACAACAACAACAACAAGAACAAGAGGUGAAGAUCCAGCUGGGUAUAGAAGAAUGGAAACAGUUCGGAAGACAUUUGAAACAUAAAAUGCAAGAAGAGACAAAAAAGCAGGAGGGCAGAAAAGUGCAGGAACAGCUCUUGAAGGAUCGCAGACGUCAGGAGCUGCUAAAGCGAGGAUUUGUUCCGGACGAAGAAAAAGAGAAGCGACAGGAGCUGGCCGAGAAGCUCGUACAGCUACUGAAACACUUCGCCCGGGUGAUGGAGAUUGAGCUGGAACGAAAAGAAUUCAAGCGGUACGGAAGGUAUCUGGAACGUGAGCAGGAACAGCUGACAAAGGAACAAAUGGGUUAAGGAAAAUAAGCAGGCGAUAGCAACGACAACCGGAAAUGGAACGUUCGCAGUAAGCUACACGAUUUACCGGAACGUAUUCUCCAUAGGACCAAUAGGAUCGACAAGCAAAGGAACAGUCGCUGAUGGAAGGGUUUAGCAUGUAGAUUAUAAAUUGCCGAUGCCUCCCGAAAUCUCAAGAUAAUGCAAUAAAUUUCUUGACUUUUAAUGCAAUUUACUCCAUAA